GCCAGUAAGUCGAACAUCAGCGUCGAGACUGGCUCGUUCAACUCUCACUCGCGCGUUUUCGCGGAUUUUUUAAUUAUUAUAUAUAUAUUAAAAUUACACUCGUGGUAUACCAUUUUAUAAUAAUAUUAUAAUUUAUUUAACAAUUAAAAUAUGGGUUAGCCAAAAUUAAAAGAAAAAAAAAUCUAAAAAAGAGUGUUAAAUUUGAAAAAAUAAUAUAUAUUUUUUUAUAUACAAAAAAUUCAAUUUUUUGAUUGUUUGUGAUUAUUUUUAAAAAAUUGUGAAAGCGACGAAUAAGGAAAAUAAAUUAAUUAGAAAAAAAAAAAUAUAAAUACACGCGCGAGUGAAUUGUAGAAAGCCGGGUAUAACAUGCUGGGAUAUUACAUUGGAUGACAAAAAUAUUUUUAGAUUGCUUUUCAAUGACGCAGAAUCAUCAUCAAAGAAAAUAAAUUAAUAAAUUUCAAGUUUGAGUGAAAGUGCAUUGAUCGACACUGUGCAGUAAUUUGUGAAUUUAUAAAAUAAUAAAAAAGCUCAAAGCAUCAUCAUUAUCAUCAAUAAUCAAACGUGAUAAUAAAUGUGAGAGUGAAAAAAUAAAUAGCAAUUAUUAACGAAAAAAAAUAUAAAAAAAAAAGUAUAUACAUGUAAUAAAAAUAUAAAGGCGAAUGACUUUUUUAUUUUGUGGAUUUAUAUUUGAUUCGUCAGAAGACGAUAGCCGGGAAAUGCCGGUGGCAUCAUCAAAUUAUUGGCUACCUGAUCAUCAUAAUAAUACAAAAGGUAUUAAUCUUAUUGGUAAUUCAGCUGCAACUUGGAUGUCACCAUAUAGUCGUGUUCAAGAAACAACAACUGAACGUAAUAAUCCAUUUGAACAGUGUCGUAAUGUAGAUAAUACAAUUAAUAACAAUAAUAAUAAUAGUCAUAAUAAUGGUGGUAGUGGUGUUGUUAUUAUUGAUGGAUGUAAAUCAAAUACAACAACUGCUAGAAGAUUUUUAAGGUGGUUUGGAAGAAUUGGUCAACCAGUUAUUGGAAAAACAGGGGUGCUGGAGAUGGCCGCAACCGAAAACACAAUACGAUUCAGCGGUCACACUUUGGACAAAGCCACCAAGGCCAAGGUAACACUUGAAAAUUACUACAGCAACCUGAUAGCUCAACAUAUUGAACGUAAACAAAGAUUGGCUAAACUAGAAGAAACCCUAAAAGAUGAAGGACUAUCUGAGCAACAAAAACAUGAAAAAAGACUUCAACAUGCCCAAAAAGAAACUGAAUUUCUUAGAUUAAAACGUUCAAGACUUGGUGUUGAAGAUUUUGAGCCGCUUAAAGUCAUAGGUCGUGGUGCCUUUGGCGAGGUAAGAUUGGUGCAAAAGAAAGAUACUGGUCAUGUAUAUGCAAUGAAAAUAUUAAGAAAAGCUGAUAUGCUUGAGAAGGAACAAGUUGCCCAUGUUAGAGCUGAAAGAGAUGUUUUAGUUGAAGCUGAUCAUCAGUGGGUUGUUAAAAUGUAUUAUAGCUUUCAAGAUCCAAUUAAUUUAUAUUUAAUCAUGGAAUUUUUGCCUGGAGGUGAUAUGAUGACACUUUUAAUGAAAAAAGAUACACUUUCUGAAGAGUGUACACAAUUUUAUAUAUCGGAAACGGCGUUAGCGAUCGAUUCUAUUCACAAACUAGGCUUUAUACAUAGGGAUAUCAAACCGGAUAAUUUAUUGUUAGAUGCACGGGGACAUAUAAAAUUAUCAGAUUUUGGUCUUUGUACGGGUUUAAAAAAAUCUCACAGAACUGAUUUCUAUAGGGAUCUUAGUCAAGCUAAACCAUCAGAUUUUAUGACGUCUUGUGGGAGUGGUAGUGGUGGUGCAAUGGAUAGUAAAAGAAGAGCUGAAAGUUGGAAAAGAAAUAGAAGGGCACUUGCUUAUAGUACUGUUGGAACACCAGAUUAUAUUGCACCAGAAGUCUUCCUUCAAACUGGAUAUGGUCCAGCAUGUGAUUGUUGGUCACUUGGUGUUAUUAUGUAUGAAAUGUUAAUAGGUUACCCUCCAUUUUGCAGUGAAAAUCCUCAGGAGACAUAUAGAAAAGUUAUGAAUUGGCGGGAAACACUUAUUUUUCCUCCUGAAGUGCCGAUAAGUGAAGAGGCCAAAGAUACAAUAAUUAAAUUCUGUUGUGAAGCUGACAGAAGACUAGGAUCACAAAGAGGUAUUGAAGAAUUAAAACUAGCUCCAUUUUUUCGUGGUGUAGAUUGGGAACAUAUCAGAGAACGACCAGCUGCAAUACCAGUUGAAGUUAGAUCAAUUGAUGAUACAUCAAACUUUGAUGAAUUCCCAGAUGUUAAACUUGAAAUACCAUCAGCACCAUUGCCACAAGACGGUGAAGUGAUAUACAAAGAUUGGGUCUUUAUAAAUUAUACAUUUAAACGUUUUGAAGGAUUAACACAACGUGGUACGCCAACAAAAAAAUAGCAACUCAAUGAUAUUUGCAUGACAACAGGCAAUCAUCAGUGUGACACUAUUGACACUCCUGUCCAGGUACAUCAACAGACAAUUCAAGUAUCAUCAACGUCUGUUAGUCAACUGAGAAUAGAUGCUUGAUAGACAAAAAUUGUAUUUCUUUUUUUUUUAAUUUAGUUGCAAUUAAUUUUUUUGAUGCUUUUAAUAAAAAAGCUUCAUUGCAACGGAUUUCAUGAUUGAUGUGAAUCAAUAAAUACGUCUGAAAUUAAUGUAUUGUUAAAGAGUAUAAAAUUAGAUUGAUAAAGAGUCACUUUGCUAAGAAAUUUAACAGAUUAAUUUAUAUAAAGAUUUAUGAUUUUUUUUUCUAUUUCUUUUUGAUUUGUUUCGAGGCUUUUUUUGAUCGAAUAAACUUCAGUCAACUUUCAUUUAUUUAAAAUAUUAAAAAUUAUUAAAUUAUUUAAAUAUGCAACAUCCAUUACCAAUGUGCUCUCUGUCAGUCUUUUUUAAAAUUUAACUUGCUUUCUUUAACGCGCGCUGUGAUAUAAGAAAAUAAAACCUGUCAUAAAAAUCAAUGAUUUGUUUUUUUUUUCAUAGAGAAAAAAAUAAUAAUAAUAAAAUAAUUAUUGAAACAAAAAACAAUUCACAUUUUUAAAUGACAUAAUGACAUGAUAAUAUUGUAUUAAAAUUGUACAUUGAAAUAUAAUGAUUAAUCAGAAAAAUUGAAUUAAUUAUUACUGAUAUAUUCUUUUUUUAUUUUUUAUUUUUCAACUGGUUUUUCUUAUUGUUGAGUGUUAAUUUUAUCAAUUGCCUCAAAACCCCAGCUGUAAAUCUUGGCAAUAAAUAAGUAAAAAAAAGCUGUCAAUAGUUUAAAGAAAAAACAAACAAAAAUUCGAAAUAAAAGAUAACAAUUUGCUGAAUAACAACAAAUUAAUUAUGAUAAAUUAAUAAUAAUUUAAACCAAGUUUUAAAAUAUUAAUGAAAAAUAAAAAAACAAUAUAUUUAAAAGAAAAUAAAUAGUUUCAUAUGACUUUCCCCAAAAUAUAUACCUAAAAGAGAAAAUAAAUUUUAAAUAUCAUAAAAAAAUAAAAUAAAAAAACCCCGUUAAACGUACAAUUUCAAAUAUAGUUUGAUAACAAAAAAAAAAAAAAAAAAAGUGUCUAGAUUUAUGAAGAAGUCUAUGAAAAAGAGGAGCUAAUAAAUAAUAAAUGAACAAAAAUGAAAUUCAAUUUUAACCAGUCAAAAAAUAGAAAAUAAAAAUUAAGAAAAAUAAAAAAUAAAUAAAUAUAAAACUAUUUUGUGCAUUCAUAGUAAAUAGAAAAAAAAAAAAAAUAAAUUAAUAAUUAAUUUCCGUGAUUAUUGAUUGCGACAAAAAUAAAGAAAAAUAAUUUGUUAAAAAAAAAAAUUAUCUACUUGUCGUGUUUGAAGAAGUACAUAAGAUAUAAAAAUAUCAUCUUUUGAACGUCCAUACUGAUUAUAGAAAAUAACAAUUAAAAACGAUCAUAAUUUAUUUAAAUUAAAUUUAAAAAAUAAAUAUCUACCACAAUAGUCACGUGAUGCCUUUGCCGCGACAAUUUUGAAAAUCCUUAAAUGCAGUAAAGGAUUCAAAUGAAUAAAUUAAAAUCGCAAAUCAUAACUGAGAUCAAUUAUUACAUAAAAA